AUGUCGGAGCAGGAAGAUGACGAGAUGUGCUGGAAUAACUUGGAGAACUUCCGGGUGAAGCUGAUCUCGGUGAUAGACCCCUCCAGAAUAACGCCUUAUCUCCGCCAAUGCAAAGUGAUUAACCAUGACGACGAAGAGCAAGUGCUUAACGACCCCAGUCUGGUAGUCCGGAAACGGAAAGUAGGCGUCCUCCUGGAUAUACUUCAGAGGACGGGCCAGAAAGGUUUUGAGGCCUUUCUCGAGAGCCUUGAGCUUUACUACCCACAGUUAUAUAUGAAAAUAACCGGCAAGGAGCCCAGCAGGGUCUUUUCGAUGAUUAUCGACACCGCGGGGGAAUCGGGCCUGAGCCAUCUCCUGAUGAACGAGAUCACGAAGCUGCAGAGCGCCGUGCAGGAGGAGAGGAGGAAGGCCCAGGAGCUCAACAUGUGGCUCCAUGCCAAGGAGGACGCGCUCAAGGAGAUGCGGGUGAGGGACAGCGUGCUGCGGAAGCACCAGGAGAGGGCCCAGAAGAUGAAGGAGGAGAGGGACAACUUGGCCAAGGAGCUGCGGAAAUGCAAGGAUGAGAACUACGACCUGGCCAUGAGCUACGCCAAGCAGAGCGAAGAGAAGAACGCAGCCCUGAUGAAGAACCGGGAUCUGCAGCUAGAGAUUGACCAUCUGAGGCACAGCCUGAUGAAGGCCGAGGACGACUGUACACUGGAGAGGAAGCACACGAUGAAACUGAAGCACGCCAUUGAGAAGCGGCCGAGCCACGAAGUGGUGUGGGAGAUCCAGCGGGAGAAGGAGCUGCUGCUGGCCAAGUAUCAAGAGCUGGAGAACACACUCCAGGAAGGGAACUUUGAGAAGAACAGCCUCUACAUCCAGGCUCUGGAGGCUGAUCGGAGACGGGCACUGGGGGAGCAUCAGGAGCUGGUGAACACCAUCUACAGCCUGCGCAAGGCGCUCCAGCAAGCAGAGGAUCUCCAGGACAAACACGCGGAGGAGAAGGAGGUGCUGGAGCUGCAGUGCAUGUCCUUGAGGAAGGACUCCCGGAUGUACAAGGAUCGCAUCGAGGCCAUCUUGAAGCAGAUAGAAGAAGUGGCUGCAGAAAGAGACCAGGCGCUGCUGACCCGAGAGCAGUUCCACAUGCAAUACUCCAAGAGCCUGGUCGACAAAGACGCCUACCGCAAAGAGAUCCGGGAGCUGGGGGAGAGGUGCGAUGAGAUGCAGCUACAGCUGUUCCAGAAGGAGGGCCAGUUACUAGCCGCUGAGGCCAAGCUGAAAAAGUUGCACCUGGAGCCACCCACGCUGACUUCUGACCUAGAUGACGUCUCACCCAGGAGUUCCCAAGAGCUCUCUUUCCAUGGAAACCUGGAUGAGGACACACUGCUGUCUGAUAAAAAUCUCUCUGAAGGUCGGGAUCAGCAGUUCAGUGCGUUAGAGAGCAUUCAGUGCCUGCAGUCAUCAAACGAGGGUGGCCCACCCAAUGGAGAGCUGGCUGAGAAGGAGCGGCGGCGGAUGAAGGACAGCUUUGAGCACUAUCGGAGAAAGAGGGCAUUGCGAAGGGUACAGAAGGGCAGACACCAUGAAGUGGACUGGGAAAACAACACUGGUAGUGACAACACGGACACUGAAGGCUCCUAAUAGCAUCAGCUCGACUGCAACGGGAAUUACAAAAAGUUUGCUGGGGUUAUAGUGCAAGAAUCUUCCCUUCUGCCCAUCUAAGCUGAUGGAUAUUUAAAACUUUUUCUCAAUAACCACCUUGAACAUUUACUACGUUGAAGGCACUGGACUGGGAUGCAGGAGAUCUGGACUAUAUUUCUGCCUCUGCCAUAGGAUUGCUAUGUGACCUUGGCCUGGUCACCUAACCAGUUCACAUCUCUGUGAUUCAGAACCCUAAUUCUUUUAUAUAUUUAAUGGGGAUGAUGUCCUUCUAGAAGUGGUAUGAGUCUAAAUGAAUUAAACUCCAAUUGCUCUAGCAGAAAUCCUUACCAUCAUGGUGCUAUGUUAGUGCAUUGUAGUAUUCUGUGCAAAAAACAGUCCAAGUAAAAAAAUACACUUUUUUAUUUGCUUCAAAACUGGACUAAAUGGCAUGCUUAAAAUAUGCUAAACGUUGUUAUGGCAACACCACACA